UAUGGAUGAAAACCCUCAAAACGAAAACCCUCUUUUCUCUCUCUAUAAUAGCCUCGACUUGGUGUGGCGGCUGACACUCUCUGUCUCACACCCGUUGUCUCUCUCUAGGGUUUAACAACUCCACUUUUUGAAGAUCUAUCCUUUGUUAUGGCCACCGUUGCUCCUCAAGCUGAUCAAGCUGCAGAUUUGCUGCAGAAGUUGUCUUUGGAUUCUCAGAAUAAGGCACUUGAAAUUACAGAGCCAAAGAAAAAGCCCUCUGUGGACACAAAAGACAUUGGAAACGGUCAGAUUCAGGAUCGGUCUCUGAUCCCUUUGUUGCCGGAUUUCGUCGAUCCAAAUUUGUGCUAUGUUCCAAAUGGUUAUCCCUCUACGGCAUACUAUUAUGGAUAUGAUGGUUCUGGUAAUGAAUGGGAGGACUAUUCAAGAUAUGUGAAUCCGGAUGGAGUUGAGAUGCCUGGAGCUUAUGGGGACAACGGGUCAAUUGUGUAUCAGCAUGGCUAUGGUUAUGCAACCUAUAGUCCAUACUCGCCUGCUACUUCCCCUGUCCCGACUGUGGGGCAUGAUGGCCAGUUUUAUGGAGCACAACAAUACCACUAUCCGUGUUUCCAGCCCCUCCCUCCAACCAGUACUACAUAUGCUACACCGGUUGCUCCACUAAAAGGUGAGAUCGCCACCUCUGGAGCUGCUGACCAAGCACCAUUGUCUGUGGAUUCUGCUAAUGGAAAUUCUAAUGGUAUUGCAAAUGGUGUAAAGGGAAAUACUGGGCCUACGUCUGUGAGGCCUGCAUUCCAGAACUCAUCCUUAAAUACUAAUGCUUCUUUUGGACGGGGUGGUGCCUUUCCUGGAGGAGUUGCUUCCGGUUAUCAGGAUCCUAGAUAUGGUUUUGAAGGUGUACGAUCUCCUAUUCCGUGGUUCGAUGGGUCAAUGUUCAAUGACGGCCAAGCUAGGCCAUUGGCGGGUAAUUCUGUUACACCAUCAUAUUCAAAUGGCGGUGCUGUUCCAUCAUCAAAAAAUCAGAAUGUCCAUGCUCAUCCAAUGGGCUUGCACCACUCUAGGCCCUCGUCUGGCAUGAAUACAACUAAUGGGUAUAUGAAUAGGAUGUAUCCCAACAAAUAUUAUGGGCAGUAUGGGAAUACAUUCAGUUCUGGAAUGGGCUUUGGUCCUAACCGGUAUGAUUCUCGCACUACUGGUCGUGGUGGGUGGAUGGCGGUUGAUAACAGGUUUAAACCCUCCAGGGGUAGAGGAAAUAGUUGCUAUGGCUACGGCAACGAAAACAUGGAUGGUUUAAAUGAGCUCAACAGGGGACCAAGAGGUAAAGGAUCCAAGACUCAGAAGGGUUUUACACCAGUUGCUCUGGCAGUCAAGGGGCAGAAUAUUCCGCUCACUGUAACCAAUGAUGCUGAAAAAGAAAAACCAAGCUUGAUAUCGCCCGACAGAGAACAAUAUAACUGUCAAGAUUUUCCAGUGAAAUAUACUGAUGCCAGGUUUUUUAUCAUCAAGUCUUACAGUGAAGAUGAUGUGCACAAAAGCAUCAAAUAUAAUGUUUGGGCUAGCACACCAAAUGGUAAUAAGAAGCUUGAUGCUGCUUACCAGGAGGCUCAACAAAAAGCUGGAGGCUGCCCUGUUAUUCUUUUCUUCUCGGUAAACACAAGCGGACAGUUCGUUGGUGUUGCAGAGAUGGCAGGACCGGUUGAUUUCAACAAGAAUGUGGAGUACUGGCAGCAAGACAAGUGGAUCGGCUGUUUUCCUGUCAAGUGGCACAUUGUGAAGGAUGUUCCAAACAGCUUGUUGAAACACAUCACGCUGGAAAACAACGAGAACAAGCCUGUUACCAACAGCAGAGACACUCAGGAGGUUAAAAUCGAUCAGGGUGUACAGGUGCUUAAGAUAUUUAAGGAUCAUGUUAGCAAACAGUGCAUUCUUGAUGAUUUUGAGUUCUAUGAGGAUCGUCAGAAGAGAAUCCAGGAAAAGAAGGCCAAGCAGCAGCUAUUGCAGAAGCAGUCGCAGGUGUGGGAAGGCAAAGUCUCUGAGGAGAAGAACAAAGAAAAUUCCAACAGCGAGCUUAAAUCCCAGAAACCUUCAGGAACUUCUGUUGUUUUGAACAAGGAAAGUUUACCGGCUCUUCAACCUAAUGGGCAGGUCAUGCUGACAGAAAAUGUGUCGGUUACAAAAUUAGUAGAUGAUGUGAAGGGUGCGAAACCAGUCAUUGUAUCAGACAAGAAACCUGUAGCUAAUGGGAUAGCAAAUGGGGUUGCUAAUGCAUGCUAGCUUCAGCCUAAUGAAGGGUGGUCCGUGGUUAGGUCCUAAAUUGGUGCUCUGACUACUUGCCUAUACUUGGUUAGAUCUCAUAACCAUUGGGCUGCCCUUUUGUCCUAGCUGCAGCUGAUGGUUCUCGCGAUUCCGGAGAAAAGUCAAUUUCAUCUGCUUCUAGGAUUACUUCAGAAAGUAUGUUAGCCUCAUAUUCCCUCAUGGGGCGGUUUCUUUGCUUUCUUUAGCUUCUGACAGGUUUCAUACACCUUUGGGAUUUGGGUUUUAGGAUAGUUACCUUUGCUUUUUGUUUCUUUCGUCGGCUUGUGGGGUUUUGGUCCAUUUUUUUUUCAGUUGUUGGGGUUCAUGUUGUUAUUAUUAGUUUGGCUCCUAAUCCUAUCUUGUAAAUCUAGAUCCAUCUGUUGCAGCAGGUCAGCAGUGCUUUUUGUACUAGUCAAAAAGAGCUAGAAGCAAGGUGGGAAUGCAUGGCAAUAUAGUUGGUUCAAAAAGCUUUUGAUAGUAAAGUUUCAUCUUUCUGCCCUUUUGUCCUAGCUGCAGCUGAUGGUUCUCGCGAUUCCGGAGAAAAGUCAAUUUCAUCUGCUUCUAGGAUUACUUCAGAAAGUAUGUUAGCCUCAUAUUCCCUCAUGGGGCGGUUUCUUUGCUUUCUUUAGCUUCUGACAGGUUUCAUACACCUUUGGGAUUUGGGUUUUAGGAUAGUUACCUUUGCUUUUUGUUUCUUUCGUCGGCUUGUGGGGUUUUGGUCCAUUUUUUUUUCAGUUGUUGGGGUUCAUGUUGUUAUUAUUAGUUUGGCUCCUAAUCCUAUCUUGUAAAUCUAGAUCCAUCUGUUGCAGCAGGUCAGCAGUGCUUUUUGUACUAGUCAAAAAGAGCUAGAAGCAAGGUGGGAAUGCAUGGCAAUAUAGUUGGUUCAAAAAGCUUUUGAUAGUAAAGUUUCAUCUUUCUGGUUU